GCCUCGCUGGAGGCCUCUCAGACCAGAGCUCUCCCCUCCCUGAAACCAGCAUUGAGAAUUCAUGGCUAAAGGAGGCCAUGCGCCGGUGGCUUAGAGAGCUCCCGCUGAGGCCCUCCAGGUAUUACCGAAGGCUUGACUCGUCCCGGGCCACCCUUCAGGUACUCGCUGCGGGGUCUGUCAACUCCGACCGGCUGGGAUCGGAUCGCUCUUUGUCCUAAGCCAAUGAAGCCACCCGGCUACGGGCGGCGAGGCCAGCCAUCCGGAAAGUGAGGGCGCUUUCUGAGCCCCAGGGAGGCGGCUCCUGAAAAGACAAAGCUUGCGGUUUGAUUUCUUUCAGUAAGUCGCGGGUUCGGCUCCCGGCCCCAACAACGCAGGGAGAGACGGAAGAGUGGGAAGGCUUCGGCCUGGGGCGGAAGAGGACCGAGAAGAGCGUCCCCAGAGCCGGGCCGCGAUCCCACAGCACCCAAGACCUGCGCCCGCGCUAUGCAAAUUGAGGGGGGCGUGAGACGGCGAGGAAAGCCGCCGGGACUUUCUCCUGCGCUGCCGGACGGGCGCCCGGGAGUAAAGGCAGGGCUGAACUAAUGGACGGGUGGCUUGAUCCAGCAUAAGGACAGAUGGGUAAUGUUAAAGCCUAGCACCAAAACUGGCAGAGUUGCUACAGAGGAAGACACCAUGUGAUGUGUACAACCAGGAUUGUUUCUCUUGUGUCCCAGCCCCUCAGCAUUCUUCCUGAAACCAUCCUGCUUUCUGGGUUUGGGGGAUUUUUUUCUUCUCUCGCAAGUGGAUAAAUGGGAGUAAAAGGAAUGGAAACUGCCUAAAAGUCCUUCUGGAUCAAGCCAGGAGUCUUUCUGUUCCAUUACAUGCUCUUCAAUGCCACAGGUUGAGGGCAUGAUGCGUCACCAUUGCAUGGUAGUUGUCAUUGGAACAGUGCUUGCAUGCAGAGGAAGACUUGCAGCUCCCAACUGUACCGUGGAAGGCAGCAAAGCAUUCUAUAACUCCUGCAACCUUAUUUGGGUGCCAUCUGUGCCUGAACAUGUCGUUUUUCUCUUCCUCGACUUCAAUUUUAUCCAGGAAGUUAAUGCGACCUCUUUCCCACUGAGGGAGAGACUAAUGAUUUUGUCACUUGGGACACAAAAACGCUUUCCCUUAACCAUCGGAAGAGAUGCUUUUAGUAAUUUGCCAAACCUCAUACAGUUGGACUUGGGUGGCAAUGAAAUGAUGGUGUUAGACCCCAAUGCUUUCGCGGGCUUGUUUAGAGUGCGUAAUCUUCUGCUGUAUAAAAAUAAUCUUGAUGAAUCCAUUCUGGAAGAGGAUUACCUUAGAGAUUUGAUUUCGUUGGAAUAUCUGAACCUUAAAUAUAACAAAAUCACUCGUGUUCGUCCUCACAGUGUAUUUUAUAACAUGAAAUACUUGGACAUUCUAGACUUGGAAUUAAACCCUAUUGCAUCUCUGUGUGAAGGGGAUCUUAAUAGUUUUCGAGGAGCAAGGUUCAAAAUGUUUAUUCUUCGUUCUACUCGUUUGUAUAACAGAUCUCCUGUGGAUUGGGCCACUUGUGGGAACCCUUUAAAAAACAUUCACAUAGAAACAUUGGAUGUUGGGGAUAAUGGCUGGAGUACAACUGUAACAGAGCAAUUCUGUGCAGCUAUUAGCGGAUCUCCUCUUUUGGAUUUGAGGAUCUUCUCUCACAGUAUGGGUGCAUCGUUUGGAUUUAAUAAUCUUCCUGAUCCUGAUAAUAAUACAUUUGCAGGUCUUACUAACAGUGGCCUCCUCUUGCUUAAUAUUUCACGGGGCUUUAUUUUUUCUCUUAAACCACGUGUAUUUCAGUAUCUUCAUGAUCUGAAGCUGCUUUACCUUAACAAAAAUAAAAUAAAUAGAAUUUGGACAGAAGCAUUUCUUGGUCUUCAGAACCUGCAGCAUCUAUACCUAUCAGACAACCUGCUUGGUGAGCUCUUUCAGGGCACUUUUGAAGGGCUUCCUAAUGUGAUUGAGAUAGAUCUAAAAAAUAACCACAUUGGAGUGAUUGAUAGAGAUCCAUUCAAAUCCUUACCAAGGCUUCAGCAGGUGGAUUUCAGGGAUAAUGCUUUAAAAGUAAUAGAUUCUCUCCCAAAUCUCAACUAUGUUUUGUUAGGUAGCAACCGGCUACAGUCUAUACCUGUCAGCAAAAUAACAUCUAUAAAUACCACAUUCCUUGACUUGGAAGGAAACAAGUUGGAGAAUCUGGGUGAUCUCUAUAAACUUCUCCAAAUUUCAGCCCUGCAGCAUCUCAUUUUAAAAAACAAUCGUUUAUCUUAUUGCUACAAGUACAAUGAUAUAGCAAAAGACAACCAGUUGAUUUACUUGGACCUUGGAGACAACAUGCUAAAGCUUAUAUGGGAGAGACAUUUGUGCUUGGAUAUGUUCAAAGCACUUUCCCACCUGGAAAUUCUCCAUCUCAAUAACAACUACCUUACUCACCUCCCAGAGGGUAUAUUUAGUGGGCUAAUGUCACUCAAGACACUUAACUUGGCUUACAACCAACUGACUUCCAUUUCUCAUGAAGCCUUUCCUGCAGGCCUGAAAAUUCUUAAAUUGUCAUCGAAUCAGCUGCUUUACCCUGAUCCUCAGCUCUUUGCAACAUUAGACCAGCUGGAUAUCACCCAUAACUCAUUUUACUGUAACUGCCUAUUAAGCAACCUUAUUAUGUGGCUAAACCAAACCAAUGUUACCUUAGCUGGGUCGCCCAAAGAUAUAUUUUGUUCUGGACCGCCAGAGUUGGUUGGCAUUCCUCUCCAAAACUUAACUACAGAGGGCUGCAGUGAAGACAAGCUCAUGGAGCCUCUACAGCUGUCACUCUUCAUUUUUACCUGCGUUGGUCUAACUGUGUUUCUAGUGGCAGUGGUUGUUUUUACUCGUUUUAGGGGUGCUUGUUUCCUCUGCUAUAAAACACUCACACAAUUCCUCAUGAGGGAGCUCCCACCAGAGCUGGAUCAACAGGGAUACAAGUAUGAUGCUUACCUUUGCUGUAGCAGCAAAGACUUCGAGUGGGUCCAGAAUUCCUUGAUAAAGCAUCUAGAUUCUCAGUAUUCUAAGAAGAACAAAUUUGCUCUCUGCUUUGAAGAUAGAGACUUUCUGCCUGGGGAGGAUCAUAUCAACAAUAUUCAUGAUGCUAUCUGGAACUGCAGGAAAACAAUUUGUGUGGUCACAAGACAGUUUCUCAAGGAUGGUUGGUGUGUGGAAGCCUUUAAUUUUGCCCAGAGCAGAUAUUUCUCAGAUCUGAAGGAUAUCCUCAUUAUGGUGGUAGCUGGAUCUCUUUCUCAAUAUCAGCUUAUGAGAUAUCAGCCAAUCAGAGUCUUUUUGCAAAGGGGGAAGUAUUUGAGAUGGCCAGAAGACCAUCAAGAUUUGGAGUGGUUUUUAAACACACUGUCUCACCAAAUAAUCAAGGAAAAGGGAAUUAAAAAGAAAUCCCCAGUGCUGGAAUUGAAAGUUAUAACAGUCUCCUAACAGGCAUGGUUCCUGGCCACCAUGCAAUGACAUAAGAAGGCUGACUUUCCAGAGAAUUUGCCAGUUCAUCCUGAGAUCACACUGAGCCAUUCUUUCUCUCCAAUGAGCAGGAUGAAUCUGCUCAUCUUGCUCAUUGGAGAGAAAGAACUAUGUCUCUAUUACAUCUUUGGUGAACUUAAUUUCAUUUCUUUCACUGUCAGGUAUCAGAUUACAUACUGUAGUGUUAAGGUGCAGAAGCUGAGUUGUGGAAGAUUGGUGUACUGUUUUGGAGGGCUCUUGCACAUGCAUGUCUGCUGAAAUAAAGGAGUGGUGCAGUUUAAUGCAACUAUAAAUGUUGCUGAUGUUGCUUAGCCCGAAGCGGCGGGUGGGGUGGGGGUGGGG